GGUCUGGACUCUGGCUGACUCGCGGCGGCGGCGUCGCGUUUUCAGUGCUGCGAGCGCUUCAAAACAGACAGUGUCGGAGGUUGUGAGGAAGUGUUGAUGUGAUUGACAAAAGAUCGGAAAUGAUUGAAGAACACGAGGAAGGGGAAACAGUAUGUGACUCGGGGACUGCACUGGUAGAAGGAUGUCGUUUAAAAGUGCGAAUGAGUGGCACAGACGACUGGCCUGAGGCGGAGAUCAUAAGCAUAAAAGACGAAAAUGGCUUGAGGAAUUAUUACAUUCACUAUUUAGCUUUCAACAAAAGGUUAGACGAAUGGGUAACCGAAGAAUACUUAGAUACUCGAGAAGUUACAUUCCCAAAACGAGAUGGAUCUACUGCACCCGGGACUGGAGCAGCUACUCCAAAAAAGUUAAUAUCUAGCAGACCACAAAGCCCGACAAUUGUAAAUAAUGAGCUGGUUAACGGAUCAGCAGUGCUGCAAGCAGCAUUGCAAAAGAAAAUGGCCAGAAAGAGAAAAGCAAAUUUUCUCGAAAAUGAAGACUCCCAAGAUGGAACAACACAGCAACCCACAGCUGGUCCACGUCCAACCGGUUCACUGGUCGCACAUCAUCACGAUGAUGUAGUCACAAGAAUGAAGAAUAUAGAACUCAUUGAACUUGGUAGACACAGAAUAAAACCAUGGUACUUCAGUCCAUACCCUCAAGAAAUGGUUAAUCUUAAUUGUAUAUACAUUUGUGAAUUCUGCUUGAAAUAUCGCAAGAGUCGGAAGUGUUUAGAAAGACAUUUAGCUAAAUGCAAUCUACGUCAUCCACCAGGCAAUGAGAUAUAUCGAAAGGGAUCAAUAUCGUUCUUUGAAAUAGAUGGAAGAAAAAACAAGAAUUAUGCCCAAAACCUUUGCUUGCUGGCAAAAUUAUUUCUCGACCAUAAAACUCUGUAUUAUGACACGGAUCCAUUUUUAUUUUAUGUGAUGACAGAAUUUGACACUCGAGGAUUUCACAUAGUGGGUUAUUUUUCCAAAGAAAAGGAGUCAACAGAAGAUUACAAUGUAGCUUGUAUUCUUACUAUGCCUCAGUUUCAGAGGAAAGGCUAUGGAAAACUUUUGAUCGAAUUUUCUUAUGAACUUUCGAAAUUUGAAGGAAAAACGGGUUCUCCUGAAAAACCACUUUCAGAUUUAGGAUUAUUAUCUUACCGUAGCUAUUGGACUCACACAAUACUGGACAUUUUGCUCAAUGUCAAACCUGUUGGCGAGAACAAUGAAAAGCCGACAAUAACGAUAAAUGAAAUUUGUGAACUGACUUCAAUUAAAAAGGAAGAUGUGAUCUCAACUUUACAAAAACAUAACCUCAUCAACUAUUAUAAGGGACAAUAUAUCGUUACAUUAAAUAGGGAAAUAAUCGAUCAACACAUGGCAGCAAUGGAAAAAAGAAAAAUAAGAAUAGAUCCGAAAUGUUUGCAUUGGACACCAAAGGAUUGGAGUAUUCGGGCAAAGUGGUGAAAUGAUUGUACAAUAGACAAUAACGAAAAACUAACUUGUCGCGUAAUUCCCUUAAUAAACUUAGGAGUGACUGCGUAAGAUAUGCGAGUGUACAAAGGUGUACAUAGGAUUGUGUACCUAGCAUUUUAAAAAGACUGCAUCUGGCUUGUACUGCGGGAACCGGAGUAAUUUCGCUUUGAUGGCCAGAAAAGACAUUUUACAUACAGUGACUAGAACUUUUUUUUAAUUAACUUCGAGCAGAUUAAUUCAUACUUCGUUAUGCCGAUCGACGGUCGAUGAUUUGUACAGGGAUUUAUCAAUAGUGUAGAAAUGUAAAUAAAUGUGAUGAUUUUAUAUAAAACAAAACCGUAAGCGAAUUUUCGGUUACUUACCUUUCUUAAAGUAUUUGCGCGGCUCUUGUGUAAAUACGGAUCUUCAGAAAUAAACUGAUACAGAGAAAAAAAAAUUAAAAAGGUAUAUCAAACAAGCAUGAUUCUCUUCGUUGGUGGUUAAUUUUGUUCUCAUUUAUAUAGAUAUAUAUGUAUAUUUUUGUUUUCAUUAUAUUCAACAGUAACAUCACAGUAGCUUCAUAUACAAUAAAUCAUCUGUCAUAAUUUAUUCUCUUGCAUUCGCAGUUUGUUUUGAGUUUCAUACUUUUUUUUUUUUGUUCAUUUCGUUAAUAUCCACGCGAGAGUAGCAGCACAACGAGUGCUGAUUCUCGCUCGUACCAUUGUGUCGCAUCGAAA